GAAAACGAAUCAACAUCUUCUUCAAGUCCUUGUCUGUUUGUCUCUGAUGCCCGUUUGUCUGAAGGGAAUUCCAGGUCUUCCCUGAGACAGUCACAACAGAAAAACAUAAGGUGAAUUUUCGCGGAAAAAGAAGAAAAAGAAUUUUCCGGUUAAUGAUCCUCAAAUAACCCCGAUGGGGCGACCUUCUCUGAUGAUUAUAGGAUGAUGGAAGGGUUGGAUAAUGUAAAUACAAGACUGAUCAGCUGUGGCAUCAUCUUCAUAUUCCUGUUCAUUCAAUCUAAUUUUGCACAAGAAGAAUCUAUUAGCAUACAGUGUUGUGCUGAUGCUACGUUUAAAGAACCACAUACCAAUAUCAGUUACAUAUCAGAUGAAAGUUGGUACCCUGACAAGAGAAGUUGCCAAGACACAGUCUGGAGUGGGCACGACAACCUGAAUAAAGCAAGAUUUUUUAAUGGAGGAUACAGCAGCAAAUGGUGUUACAGUUUGCCAACAAGGAGUGGUGUUGCCUACCUAAUUAGAGGAACAUUUCCUAUCAACAAUCUGGAGGCAUCUCCUCCAGACAUCUUUUUCAAUGUUUCGGUUGGUGUGACAGAAAUAGAGAGAGUGAAUUCUAUAGGUAAACCGAGGGUUGAGGGAAUAUUCAGAGCUACCAGUAACUACACUAACUUCUGCUUAGUAAAAGGCAAAGGGGCAGCAUACCUUUCGAAGCUGGAACUACGAUCUUCACAUCCAGAUUAUGUCAAAAGAAAUCCUUCAAGUGUACUCAAACUUGUAGACCGGGCAGAUACAGGAAACCUAGGAUCUGAAAUCAGGUAUCCAGUUGACCCAUAUGAUCGAAUCUGGAGAUCAGACUCAUAUCCUGAUUCAACAGCUAACUACAUAUCAUCAUCCACCACCUAUGUCAAUUUGACCGGUGUAAACAGUAUAUUGCCUCCUCUUGAAGUAUUGCAAACAGCUCUAACCCACCCCGAACGAUUAGAGUUUCAGUACAAAAACCUUGAUGCAGGGACAUAUAAUUACAAUCUCUACCUCCACUUUCUUGAGCUUGAUGACUCUGUUCAAGCUGGGCAAAGAGUGUUCGAUGUAUAUAUCAACAAUGAAAAAAGGCAAGCGGUUGACAUAUUGUCUGGUGGUUCGCGUUACUCUUCAGUUGCUUUGGACUUCACAACAAAUGGAGUCCUCAAUCUGACCUUGGUCAAAGCCUUAAAUUCUCAGUUUGGACCAAUCUGUAAUGCUUAUGAGAUUUUGCAGGAUUAUCCAAGAAAUGCAGAGACAGAUUUGGACGAAGUGGAUGCAAUUGCCAAAGUGAAGAAUGAGCUAUUUACCCACAAUGAAAAUAGUGAAUUGUUGAAAGCUUGGUCGGGAGACCCUUGUCUCCCUCUUCCAUGGCAUGGUUUGACUUGUGAACCUCUCAAUAGUGCAUCUGUUAUCACUAAAAUGGAUUUAUCCCUCAGCAGACUCGCAGGACCACUACCUCCCAGUAUCACUGAGCUGAUUUACCUGAAGGAAUUGAACUUGAGCAACAAUGGGUUCAGCGGCACAGUACCUCAGUUCCCAGCUUCAUCCAUGUUGACCUCACUGGAUGUUAGCCACAAUGAUCUCACAGGAAACAUUACAUGGUCAAUCACCGCAAUGCCCUAUUUGAAAACAUUAUAUUUUGGAUGCAAUCCUCACUUGAAUAAAAAUCUUCCUUCAAGCCUAAACAAAUCAAAUCUGACCACAGACAAAGGGAUGUGCAAUGCCCAUCUAUCCUCUCGUCCAGCUCAUGGAAUUGUCAUCGGCACAAUUGUAGGUGGAUCCUUGUUGGUUAUGACCAUUGUUGGAGUGUGUUUGUUCUGCUUGUGCAGAAACAAAAUGAAGGCACUGCAAAAGUUCGAUGCGAAAGGGCACAUGAUGUCAAAAAAUGCCGUCUACUCAGUAGCAAGCACAGAAACUUUCGCCAGAAAAUCAAUUUCUGUCCAGAAUUUCACACUGGAGUACAUAGAAACUGCAACACAAAGGUACCAAACUUUGAUAGGUGAAGGUGGAUUUGGACCAGUGUAUCGUGGCACUCUACCUGAUGGUCAAGAGGUGGCUGUGAAGGUCCGAUCAGCCACCUCAACCCAAGGAACCCGUGAAUUUGAAAAUGAGCUGAACUUGCUCUCAGCUAUUCGGCAUGAAAACUUGGUCCCACUGAUUGGCUAUUGUUGCGAGAAUGACCAACAAAUUCUUGUCUAUCCUUUCAUGUCUAACGGCUCACUACAAGAUCGCUUAUAUGGAGCAGCAGCAAAGCGCAAAACUCUGGAUUGGCCAACAAGACUUUCCAUUGCUUUAGGUGCUGCAAGAGGUUUAACAUAUCUUCACACCUUCUCGGAGCGCUGUGUUAUUCAUAGAGAUGUAAAAUCAAGUAAUAUACUACUGGAUCAUAGCAUGUGUGCAAAGGUUGCAGACUUUGGAUUCUCAAAAUAUGCACCUCAAGAAGGGGACAGUGCCACUUCCCUAGAAGUAAGGGGUACUGCUGGAUACCUGGAUCCCGAGUAUUAUUCGACGCAGCAUUUAUCUUCAAAAAGUGACGUCUUUAGCUUUGGGGUUGUUUUACUGGAAAUUGUAAGUGGCCGAGAACCUCUCAAUAUAAGCAGGCCGCAAAGUGAGUGGAGCUUGGUUGAAUGGGCAAAAUCUCAUAUAAGGAACUCAAAAGUCGAAGAAAUAGUAGACCCUAGCAUAAAGGGAGGCUACCAUGCUGAAGCAAUGUGGAGGGUCGUUGAGGUAGCUUUGGCAUGUAUUGAACCCUACGCGGCUUAUCGUCCAUGCAUGGCUGACAUUGUUCGUGAGCUUGAGGAUGCUUUCAUUAUAGAAAAUAAUGCAUCUGAAUAUAUGAAAUCCAUUGAGAGCUUUGGAGGAUCCAAUCGCUACUCUAUAGAGAGGCCAAUUGUUAUACCACCAACUCCAAUUCCAGCAGAAGCAUCCCCUAUUCUUUUGCAACCACCUCCUCCACAGCCACGAUAGACAUUUGAGUUAUUUGAGGUCAUUAAUUAGCAAACAGAAUCUGAUUAUGAAAUUAUUCAACUUAAUCAUCCUUUCAGUUUGGGUAACAUUGAGAGCAUGCCAACUGAUAUGUACACUAUUUGCAUUUUAUACCAGUUUCUACUAUUACAUGUGUAUAUACUAAAACAGUUGGUCUA